GGUCGGCUUUUAUUGGUCGAAGAAGUCAACUACUCAGCUGUAGUCCUCUCUCUUUUCCAGUUGGAGAAUAUAGUAGCCUAGUCGUGCUUUUACUUUACCUGAUCAACACGGAAGACAAUUACAAGAUUUUGACAACACAGUUCACAGGACACCAAGAUGACUUCCCCCGUCCGUGUGAUCGUGGUUGGAGCUGGCAAUCGAGGGGACAAUUACUCCCAGUUUGCCUCUAUUCAGCCUGAGCGCAUGAAGGUUGUUGGAGUUGCUGAUCCAAGAAAAUUUGCCCGCACUAAAAUUCAACAGCAGCACAGAAUUGAAGAUGGAAAUGUAUUUAGUGAAUGGAAAAGUAUAGCUGAAAGAGAGAAGUUUGCAGAUGCUGUGUUAAUAUGUACUCCAGACCGCCACCAUAAGGAGCCUGCAGUGGCCUUUGCCAAUAAGGGCUACCACGUGUUGCUGGAGAAACCAAUGGCAACAACUGUUGAAGACUGCACAGCGAUCGUGAAGGCCUGCACUCUGAGUGGUGUGAUGCUUUCAGUGGCUCAUGUUCUGCGCUAUGAUCCUGUCAUUCACAUGAUAAAGGAGCUGAUUGAUGCUGGAGCUAUAGGCGAUGUGAUCCAUAUUCAGCACUUUGAGCCGGUUGGGUUUUAUCACUUUGCUCACUCAUUUGUCCGGGGGAACUGGAGGAAUGAAGCAGAGAGCUCUUUUGCUCUUUUGGCAAAGUCGUGCCAUGACAUUGACCUGAUACAUCACUGGGCAGGAGCACGUAGGUGUGUGAAAGUUUCAUCAUUUGGAUCAGUCAGCCACUUUCAAAAAGAAAACAAGCCAUUUGGUGCUGGAGAUCGCUGCAUGAACUGUCCAAUAGAGCAAGACUGUCCGUACUCAGCAUGCAAAAUUUACCUGGAUAGAGUGAAACAGGGUCACACUGGCUGGCCUGUAUCAGUCAUAUGCCCGAGCUCAUUACCAGACAUCGAGUCAGUAACUGAGGCACUGAAGAACGGACCAUAUGGCCGCUGUGUCUACGAGUGUGACAAUGAUGUGUGCACUAACCAGGUUGUUAAUAUGGAGUUUGAAGGGGGUGUGACCGCAGCCUUUUCAAUGGUGGCGUUCACUGAGGAGAUAUGCAAACGAAAAACAACCAUCCAUGGCAGCAAGGGGGAGCUGUCUUAUAAUGGCCAUGAGGUGAAUGUGUUUGACUUUCUGACCCAGAGAUCAACAAAGCACACAGCACCCAAUAAUGUCCCCAAACACUUUGGUAUGAGUGGACAUGGUGGAGCAGACUACCACUUCAUAGAUGCCUUUAUUUCUGCUGUCGCGAACAAUGAUCCCUCCCUGAUCCGCUCGGGUCCCGAGGAAACACUGCUGAGCCAUUUGCUAGUGUUUGAAGCUGAGCGUUCUCGACUGGAGAGCACAGUGGUGUACUGUGGGGACAGUAGCCAGAGCUAAGCAACUGAAAAAAGACCUUUUCAUAAAUGAUUUUGCCAUGAAAAUCAUUGUAUGACAAUAAUAAUAUCUGGUUAGUACGGCUACUUAUAACACAA